AAAAUGCUACCUACUCCAGCAAAGUUUCAUUAUGUUUUCAAUUUGAGGGAUUUAUCUCGUAUUUGGGAAGGAAUUUUGCACAUAGAAAGAAAACAAUGUUUGACUAAAAGAGAUUUGUUAAUUUUAUGGAGACAUGAAUGCACAAGAGUUAUUGCAGACAGAUUUACUAAUGAUCUGGAUAAAGAGUGGUUUGAUGAUUUAAUCAAACAAGUUGCAAGUGAAUUCCUUGAAGGUGAAAGUAUUUCCAUUCCAGAAGAAGCCUAUUUUGUAGAUUUCUUGCAAGAUGAACCAGACAUACCAGAUGAUACAGAAAUGACAGAUGAUAUGUAUGAAAUACCAAAAAUAUAUGAAGAGGUAAAAUCUUUUGAUAUCUUGCGAGAAAGAUUUGAAUAUUUUCUGAAGCAGCGAAAUGAAGAAAUUUAUGGUGGUCGUAUGGAUUUAGUAUUUUUUAAGGAUGCAAUGAUUCAUCUUAUUAGAAUAUCUAGAAUUAUUCGAACACCAAAAGGAAAUGCAUUGCUUGUUGGAGUGGGUGGUUCUGGAAAGCAAUCAUUAACUCGCCUUAUUUCAUAUAUUGCUGGUUAUAAAACAUUUCAAAUAUCUCUUACAAGAUCUUAUAAUGUAAAUAAUUUAAUAGAAGAUUUAAAAAGUUUAUAUCAAAUUGCUGGUGAAGAAGGAAAAGGAGUAACAUUUAUAUUCACAGACAACGAAAUAAAAGAUGAAGCAUUUUUAGAGUAUAUAAAUAAUAUACUUAGUUCAGGAGAAGUAUCAAAUUUAUAUACACGAGAUGAAUUGGAUGAAAUAACUCAAAAUCUUGUACCAGUAAUGAAAAGGCAAUAUCCUAGAUGUCUUCCAUCUGCAGAUAAUUUAUACAGUUAUUUCUUAAAAAGAAUACAUUCAAAUCUUCAUAUUGUUUUGUGCUUUUCACCAGUUGGAGAAAAAUUUCGAAGUCGCAGUUUAAAAUUUCCUGGCCUUAUAUCUGGAUGUACAAUAGACUGGUUUACUCAGUGGCCUAAGGAUGCAUUACAUGCUGUAGCAUCACACUUGUUACGUGAUUUUGUAAUUGAAUGUUCUGAAGAAAUAAAGAAAGAAGUUAUUGAAGUAAUGGGAGAUUUUCAUAACAGUGUUGCUAAUCAUUGUGAAGAUUAUUUUCUAAGAUUUCGAAGACAAACAUUUGUUACACCAAAAUCAUAUCUUUCAUUUAUUGAUGGUUACAAGAACAUUUAUGAAGAAAAACUUGAGGAAAUGUAUCAGUUAUCAGAUCGUAUUCAUGUUGGGUUAGAAAAAUUGCUUCAGGCUUCAGAAGCAGUUGCUGUUCUUCAAAAAGAAUUAAUUGUAAUGCAAGAAAAACUAAAAAUAGCAAAAUCCAAAGCUGAGGAGGUAUUAACUGUUGUCACUGCUAAAGCUCAAACUUCUGUGAAAAUAAAAGAAGCAGUUGAAAAGGAUAAAGAAAAAGCUCAAAAACUUAAAGAUGAAAUUGCUGCAGAUAAAAAACUUGCAGAAGAUAAGUUGGAAGAAGCAAGGCCUGCAUUGGAAGAAGCAGAAAAUGCUCUGAAGACUAUUAAAGCCGUGGACAUUGCUACAGUCCGUAAAUUAGUGAAACCGCCACAUCUGAUUCAGAGAAUUAUGGAUUGUGUACUGAUAUUAUUUCAAAAACCAAUAGAUUUGGUUACAAAAGAUCCCGAAAGAGAAUGUCCUAAACCUUCAUGGAAUGAAUCUUUAAAGUUGCUGUGUAAUGUCCAAUUUUUAUCUAUGCUACAAAAUUUUGACAAAGAUCAGAUUAAUGGAGAAAUAAUUGAACUUAUGGCACCUUAUCUUGAAAUGGAAGAUUAUAAUUUAAAUAAUGCAACAAAAGUUUGUGGAAAUGUAGCUGGUCUGCUUUCAUGGACAAUUGCAAUGUGUGCUUUUUAUGAUGUCAAUAAACACGUAAUACCUUUAAAGACAAACCUGACUAUUCAAGAAGGUAAAUUAGAACAAGCUAACAAUGAAUUACAAAAAGCAGAAGAAGAAUUAGAACAAAAGCAGCGUGAAUUAAAUGAAGCAAAAGCAGAAUAUAAUAAUGCUCUUAGAAAACAACAAGAUUUGAUGGAUGAAGCAGACAGAUGUAAAACCAAAAUGAAUUCUGCUGUUACAUUAAUUGCUGGACUUACAGGUGAAAGAGAAAGAUGGACUGAAGAAAGUAAAGAGUUUAAGUCUCAAAUUAAUAGACUAGUAGGAGAUGCUCUUCUUUGCACUGGUUUUCUCUCUUAUAUGGGACCAUUCAAUCAAGAAUUUAGAAUCCUUCUAAUGAAGUACCUUCAAAAAUCUCUUGAGAAAAAGAAAAUCCCAUUUACUCUAAAUUUGAAACUUGUCAACAUUAUGAUAGAUCCUGUGACGAUUUCGGAAUGGAAUUUACAAGGCUUACCUAAUGAUGAAUUAUCGAUUCAGAAUGGAAUAAUCGUAACAAAAUCACCUAGAUAUCCACUUUUGAUUGAUCCUCAAGGUCAAGGAAGACUGUGGAUUAAAAAUAGAGAAACGAAUAAUGAUCUUAAGGUGACCACACUAAAUCAUAAGUUAUUUAGAAAUAUUUUAGAAGACUCAUUAGCUCUCGGAUUGCCUCUGCUUAUUGAAAAUAUUCGAGAAGAACUAGAUCCAAUUUUAGAUAAUGUCUUAGACAAAAACUUUUUAAAAGUUGGUAAAAAUCUCAAGGUUAAAGUUGGUGAUAAAGAAGUGGAUGUAAUGCCAGGAUUUCAUCUGUACAUGACAACAAAGUUACCAAAUCCAUCAUUUACACCUGAGAUAAAUGCUCAAACUUCAGUUAUUGAUUUUACUGUCACAAUGAAAGGUUUAGAAGAUCAGUUGUUAGGACAUGUUAUCCUAACAGAAAAACAGGAACUUGAAAAUGAAAGAACUACUCUAUUGGAAAGUGUUGCAAGUAAUAAGAGAAAAAUGAAAGAUCUAGAAGAUACAUUACUUCAUAAAUUAACAACAUUAAAAGGUUCUCUUAUUGAUGAUGAUAGCUUAAUAGAAGUUUUGGCAAUCACCAAGGAAACUGCAGCAAAUGUAUCUGCUAAGUUAACAAUAGCAACAAAUACAGAAAAGAUGAUAAACAAAGCAAGAGAAGAAUUUAGACCAGUUGCAACAAGAGGAAGUAUUUUAUACUUUUUGAUAUGUGACAUGAGUAUGGUAAAUAUCAUGUAUCAGACUUCUCUUCUGCAAUUUUUAGAAAUAUUUGACAGAUCUAUGAAAAAUUCUGAGCAAUCACUUAUAACUGGAAUACGCAUAAAGAAUAUUAUUGAAUUUCUUACAUUUGAAGUUUACCGAUAUGUAUGUCGUGGUUUGUAUGAAAAUCACAAAUUUUUAUUUACUCUGUUGCUUGCUCUAAAAAUUGACGUUGAACAAGGAAGAAUCAGUAAAGAAGAAUUUUCAAUAUUUGUUAGAGGUGGUGCAGCAUUGGAUUUAAAUACUGUAACUCCAAAGCCAAAGGAUUGGAUCUCCAAUCUGACUUGGUUAAAUCUUGUGGAAUUAAGUAAAUUACAACAUUUUCAAGAGAUUUUAGUUAAAAUAAAACUCAAUGACAGAUCUUGGAAGAAUUGGUUUGAAAAAAAUGCACCCGAAGAAGAAGAAAUACCUGAUGGAUAUUCUAAAUCAUUAGAUACAUUUAGAAAAUUACUAUUAAUAAGAUGCUGGUGUCCAGAUCGUACUUUAUUUGAAGCAAGAAAAUAUAUAACCAAAGCUCUCGGUAAAAGAUACUCAGAACCGAUACUGUUGAAUUUGGAAAAUAUGUGGCAUGAAAGCAGACAGAAAACUCCACUGAUAUGUCUUCUGUCAACAGGAUAUGAUCCGACUAAUCUUAUUCAAAAUCUUGCCAAACAGAAAAAUAUUGAAUGUCAAGCAAUAUCUAUGGGACAGGGACAAGAAAUUCAUGCUAAAGAAUUAAUAGAUUCUUGUAUUCUUAAAGGAGGAUGGUCAUUAUUACAAAACUGCCAUUUGGGACUCGAAUUCAUGGACGAAGUUUUAGAAAUAUUAAUUUCAACCCAAACUAUAAACAACAGUUUUAGAAUUUGGAUUACAACCGAAGGUCAUCAAAGAUUUCCAAUUUCUUUAUUACAGAUGUCUAUCAGAUAUACAAAUGAACCACCUCAAGGAUUGAAAGCUAAUCUUAAACGCACUUAUUCCUUAAUGAGUGAUCACAUGCUAGAAAUAAUUUCAUAUCCUCAAUGGCAGUCAAUGUUAUAUGGAGUUUCUUUUCUCCAUGGAGUUGUUCAGGAACGAAGAAAAUUUGGCCCAUUAGGAUGGAAUAUUCCUUAUGAAUUCAAUUCAUUGGACUGGUCAGCAAGUGUUCAGUUUAUACAAAAUCAUCUAGAUGACAUGGAUCCAAAAAAAGGUGUUUCUUGGAUAACGGUACAUUAUAUGAUUGGAGAAGUUCAGUACGGUGGAAGAGUAACUGAUGAUCUUGACAAAAGAUUAUUAAGUACCUUAACAAAAGUAUAUUUUGGAGAACACAUGUUUCAAGAUGAAUUUUCAUUUUAUAUUGGAUAUAGAAUGCCAAGAUGCAAUAAAAGAGACGAAUAUAUUAAAUUUAUAGAAGAUCUUCCUGCUGUCGAUACUCCUUUAGUUUUUGGAUUGCAUAAUAAUGCUGAUAUAACAUAUCAGUCCAAUACCACAAAAGAUAUACUGGAUACUAUUUUAUCCAUACAACCAAAGGAUGUUAGUAGUAGUGAAGAAGAAACGAGAGAAACUGUUGUUUAUAGAAUAGCAAAGGAAAUGUUGGAUAAAUUACCAUCUGAUUACGAUCCACAUAUAGUAAAAGCGCGUCUUCAAAAAAUGGGUCCAAUGCUUUCCAUGAACAUAUUUUUGAGACAAGAGAUCGAUCGAAUGCAAAGAGUUCUAACGUUAGUCAGAAACACGCUUCACGAUCUCCACUUGGCAAUCAAUGGAACAAUUAUAAUGAAUGAAAAUUUAAGAGAUGCACUGGAUAGAAUAUACGAUUCAAGAGUACCAACCGUCUGGGUUAAGAUAGCUUGGGAAGCAACAACUUUAGGAUUUUGGUUUACCGAAUUGUUAGAUCGAAACAAACAAUUAUCUCAAUGGUUAUUUGCUUCCAGACCAAAUAUCUUUUGGAUGAGUGGGUUCUUCAAUCCUCAAGGAUUUCUCACGGCAACGAGACAAGAGAUAAGUCACAGUCGUAAGUGGCCGUUAGAUUCCGUCAUACUGGAUAACGACAUUUUGAAAAACUUUAAAGACGAUGCCAGGCUUCAGCUCACUGCAAAGGACGGCGUUUACGUACACGGAUUAUAUCUGGAAGGUGCAGCGUGGGACAUGAAAUCUUCAAGUCUAACGGAAUCUUUGUCAAAACAGUUGUNAAAGAAUGGCUUCAAGAAAAAAAUCUUAAAGCGUUUAACGCAUUUAGGUUGCGAAUUCUUAGGUUAA